UUUGUAAUUUUCAUGGAAAAGAAUGAGUGAAAUUUUAAAAAAUAAUCUAAAAAUGUUUAAUGUAGAUGAUUCAUAAGAUAGUAGAGUUGGAUUAGGAAAGUUGAUCUCUCUCUUAGAAAUAUUAAAUAAGGAAUUCUUGGAGAUUGUUACUUUUUAUCAUAAAUUAGUACUAUAGCAUUCAGAUGGUAUUAAAAAAAUUAUUCAUCUAAGGCCAGAAGUAAUUAAGGAUCUUUUUAUAAGUUAAAGAAAUAAUAAUGAAAAAUUAUAUGCUAUUAGAUUAUGUUUAGAUGGUGAAUGGAAAUUGGAUGAUUUUAUUCCUGUUAAUAGUUAGGGUAAUCCAGAAUUUUCUAAGAAUACAGGUUCAGAAUUUUGGGUUUCAUUAUUAGAAAAACAUGGGCUAAAAUGAAUAUAGAUUAUACAGAUAUAGAAGGUGGUGAUCCAAGAGAAGUUAUUAAAAAUAUAUGGAAAUCAAAGAUUUUAAAGAUACUUCUAAUCAAUUUUUGUUGUUUAUUUUAGAAAGGAAUAUUUAUAAUUCUAUUUAAUAAUAAUUAACAACUGGAUUAUUUUGUGCUAUGGAAACAUUUGUUUCUAAAGGGUAUUAUCUUAUUUAUAUUAAUUUUAGAUUAGGUUAUUUUUAUUAUAAGAAUAAUUCAUAAAAAACCUUUAAGUUAAAGAAAACUCUAAAUAAUAAAUAAAGUGUUAAAUUCUUAAAGCCAGAAAUUGGAAAUAAUUAUUUAAAUGAACUUAGCUCCUGGAAAGGAUAAGAUUGUAUUAUGCAGUCUAGAUCCAGCUGGUGUUGUAUUUGCACCUAAAAAUUAAUUGGUCUAAUGA